UGUCCACCAAAGUUUUCUUUGAAGUUGUACUCAAAUCAGACUUAGGGUUUAAAUAUUCCCUGUUUCAAGUUCAUUUCUUACUUUGAUAUAUACAUCUUUCGGAGUUCUCUGAUUCUGUUUCCAGGUCAAGAUUUUUGGAUAAAUGGCUCAUAACAAUGCUGUUGGCGUUGAUAACACAUUUAGAAGGAAGUUCGACCGAGAAGAAUACUUAGAACGCGCUCGUGAGCGUGAAAAGCAGGAAGCUGAGGGGCGGUUCAAAUCCAAAUCUAAAGCUCCUCCAGUGCAGAGGAAGCCCUUGAAGCAUCGGGAUUAUGAAGUAGACCUUGAAUCUCGAUUGGGAAAAACUCAGGUUGUCACUCCUAUAGCACCUUUAAGCCAGCAGGCUGGAUACUACUGUUCAGUAUGUGAAUGUGUAGUGAAGGAUUCUGCCAAUUACUUAGAUCAUAUCAAUGGAAAGAAACAUCAAAGAGCUUUGGGAAUGUCCAUGCGUGUAGAGCGAGCAUCUCUGGAACAGGUGCAACAGCGAUUUGAAGUACUCAAGAAAAGGAAAAGCCCUGGCAGCUUCACAGAGCAAGAUCUUGAUGAAAGGAUCUUAAAACAGCAACAAGAAGAGGAGGAAAGGAAGCGUCAACGUCGAGAAAGAAAAAAAGAGAAAAAGGAAGAGAAGGCAGCAGAAGAGGAGGAAGCCAAUGUUGAUCCUGAUGUUGCUGCCAUGAUGGGAUUCGGCGGUUUUCGUUCAUCCAAAAAGUAACCCUAAUGUUUGGCCCUCUUUUCCUACAGCAAAAUGUGCUUCGCCAUGUAAUAUUCGAUGUCUGCAGCGUUUCAACAUUUAACAGUCCUCCAGGAGCACAACUUGAAUUUUUGCUGUCACCCUUUUAGGAAGAGUAAAAUUUUAUGUUGUUCAAAUGUUCAAGAUUAAUGGUGAAGAAAGUCGCAAGGUCACUCACAUUGAUUGUAACUAAUAUACAUGUACUUAAAUUCCCUUUUGAGGUAUUAUACUUGAAAGUAAUUCAGGUAUCCUGAUUCUAAAAGCAUCUUCUGGAAGUUCUUGCAAGCAAUGCUUUUAAACCUUAGAGCUGGUGAAGGUUAUUGAAUUGGGAUUGAAUCCUAUUUACACGAGGAACAUUUGAAUGGAUAAAAAGCACAUUACUAAA